UUUCAGCAUAAAGAGAGGGUAUGCCUAAAAUGCAAGUGAUCUUAUUUGCAGCAGCUCUACUGUGUGCCAGGGCUAGUGCUGUUGCAGUAGUACCCUCGUCCUCAUCCACACAGCCAAUUCAGCCAACUACUUCUUCCUCACAAACAACCUCCACUCAACCUUCUGUGACACCAACUCCUGAGAUGAUGCCUGAGAUGCCGACAAUGGACAUGAGUUUCGGAGCAGACCCUCACUUCAGUGUAGCCCUCCCAACUGGUGACAUGCUCUGCUACACUAUUCAAGGAGAGAAGAACAUGAUCUUUAACCUCAUCACAAGCAACAAGCUCGUCAUGAAUGCACUCUUUAUUGGUGACAAACGACGAGAAGAGGUGACCUGGAUCGGAGAAAUUGGCAUCAUUAUUCCAAAUGGUAUCUCACAGAAUGUCUCAUCUCUUGUGUUUAAUGCUAAAACUAAAAAGAUUAACAUCGAACGAAAAACUGAAUUAUUUGCUGGAAGUAUAUCUAAGAUAACAAUUGAUGGUGGCAAGAUUUCAGUUGCUACUGGAUAUAUUGUACUCAAAGAGCCGAAGGUUGAGGUGGUUCUGAGGGAUAUUGACGUAACAUUGAGUGUGAAGUUCUUUGAUGGGCAUCUUGACCUGUUCUGGCACAGCACUGGAGUGGGGAAUGAGGACUCUCACGGGCUUAUUGGUCAGUUCUUUCGUAAAGGAGUGUCCAUCGACAAGACUCGUAAGAUCCUCCUGCUUCCCAACAAGGAGCCUGUCCCAGUGAUGCAGCGUCCUCUCUGGGCCUUCAUGGAAAGAGAGAACGAUCGUGACCAACAGCUGUGCUGGACCGCCAUGAACCCUGGCUAUCAGGGAAAGAUGCUCAUCGACUUCGACUGCAUCGACUAUCGAGUCGAAGAUAUCUACUCUGAUACUUUUGGAACAAAGUCCCUCAAGACGAGGGCAUUUUGAUAACUUACUUUAUUAAGGACAAACUGAUUAUUAGUGCAUUGUGUAUCAGAUUUUGUAAUGGAGCUAUAGCUGGGAUUGUUUAUUAGUGUGGGCCAUGUAGGGCUGUAGCCAUCCCAUUAUACACAUUUAGCUAUAGAGCUAUAUAUAUAGCAGUCUGAAUCAUGUUAAUCAUCAUAAUUAUGCAGAUAACACAUGCUUUUUGGUAUGCUUGUUAAUUAUAAUCAUAUACGACUACUCUA